CGGUGAAGUCUUGUUGGAAAAUAAAAAAGAGAGGGACGCUCUCCCUUCUCUCUUCUCUCUUCUUUCUCUCUCUUCUGGGUGAACUCUAGUUUUUCUGAUUGGGGUAUAGCUAUUCCGAUCGAUCCGCCUCAUGCAAAUUGGGCACAGUUGUUUGGAGUGAGUAAGGAUAAUUGAUUGAGUUAUGUUGCUCCGACAUUAGUUGAUGGGGAUCUUGUUAUUUGUAAGGCAGUUCGUGAUGAAGGUGUUAGUUCGUUGGCGGAACUCGCUGGUUGGGCAAUUCCUAUCGAAGCCUUCGAGCUUGUUCAAGAUCCGUCGGUGGGCGCAAAGAUUUUGGGGCCGUGAUGGUAAGGUUCUUGACACCUUUCUGAGUGAAAAUCUUUUCAUGUUUCAUCUUCCGCACAACGAUUCUUGUAAUUGGGUGUUCGAGAAUGGAGGAUGGCAUUGUGAGAGAUAGGCCUGGAGGUCGGUUAGUUUUGGUUUAACCGAAAACCAAAAAAUCAGUUAUCGGUUAGCUGAAACCCGUCCCAGACCAUCCGACAACCGACCGGAAAUAGUCUUACUGUCACCAACCGACCGGUCGGUUUUUGGUUUUAGGUUCUUUUAACCGCAUAACGGAAAAAUACCCUUUUUCUUCCAAAACGUUGUAGUUUAAAUAAUAUUCCUUAAAAUUCAUUAAAAUAAGUAACCACAGAGGCACAGACCCACCGCAUACGCACAAACCUUAUCUCAUUCCUUCUCUCUCCUUUCUUCCUCCAUUUCAAAUCUUCUCGAGUCUCAAAUCUCGCGUGGAGAAGGCGACCGCCGGCGAUGUCGAGGAGCGGCGAAGGCGGACGUCAGGGGGAGGGCGGUCGGCGCUUCGAGGAGGAGGAGGAGGAGCAGAGGUUAAGGGCAGCGGGGGGCGAUCGGAGGCGGACGUCAGGGGAGGGCAGUCGGCGAUUCGAGGAGAGAAGGAGAGGUCGAGGGUAGCGGCGGGAGAGAGGAGGCGGACGUCGACAGAGGGCGGUCAGCGAUUUGAGGAGAGAAGGCUCAAGCUUGGGAUUAGUGGAAAUCAGUAUCAAAACUACUUCUCUAAUGGUUGUUGAGACGGCUCAAGCUUCGUCUAGUGAAGUCUCAUCUCAAUCAACUAUUGUUGUCUCUAUUUCCAGUCCAGGGGCUGCUCAACUUGUCAUUGCUCAGACUCUUCCUUAGGCUGGGGAUCGUGGCAAGGGUGUAAUGGAUGAAAAUGGUUUUCAGCUUGUGGUUAGGAAUAACAUGCAGUCCUGGACCUCUAAUGGGGAAAGUGGAGUUCAAGUUCUUUCACCCGGUAGUGGUUGCUAGGGUACCUUUGAAUGCGCGAGGUCAAGAUAUGGUUGCUCCUUCAUCUCCUCCCAGGAAAGGGAAGGGGAAGUGUCGAGGUAAAUGAAGAUCUUGAGUUGGAAUCUCAAGGGAUUUAAUACCCCUAAGAAACAUAAAUAUAUAAAUAAACAAUUAAAUAGUAAUGGUAUAGAUCUUGUAGCUAUCUUAGAAACAAGGGUACUUGCAAUUAAUGGCCCUGAUAUACUAAAUAAAUAGUUUAGACAAUGGGUUCAUCUAGAUAAUUAUGCUCACUCUUCUUCCGGGAGGGUCUGGUUAUUGUGGAAGCCUAGUAUUCAAGUCAGUGAAGUAAAUAUGGGGGAACACUUUAUACAAGUGAGGGUUGCUGGAGAUGAAGGUUGUCUUGUUACUGCUAUUUAUAGCCCUCACAAGACUACUGAUCGCAAGAAGUUGUAUGAGGAACUAAUUUUGGGAAUAGUAGUGGGAGAACCUUGUCUUUACAUGAGGACUUCAAUGCCAUUACUGAAGUGCAGGAGGCAUCUAAUACAAAUGUUAUAAAUUAGAAUACAUUGGAACUUCCGGGAUUGGAUUUCUAGAAUGAUGUUGUUUGAUCAUAAGGUUCUGGGGUCUUGGUAUACUUGGUGGAACAAGCAGAAAGGUAAUCCAAUUGCUAAAAGGCUGGACAAAUUUUUGAUAAAUGGUGACUGGAUGACAAAGUUUCAUCAUAGUGUUUCAAAGACUUUUACUUGUACCAACUUUUAAUGAAAUAUUCGUUGACAAGGAAAAUAAAGUCACUAACCACAUAUUCCUAGAGGCAAGGCUUGAAUUUCAAUUCUUACGCAGAAAUAUGAAAUCUUUAUUACUCUAUUAAUGAAUUGUGUUGAAAACAUUGUAGCUCUUAAUGACUUUAAUGCCAUUAACAAUUUAUAAUUUGAGCCUAAUAUCGAAUGACCAUGAAGUCGAUGGUUAUUUUGUGGCAGUUAAGAAAUAUGAUGAAUAUUUUAUAGUGUAACCUAGAAACACCUCCUUAUCAUGUGAAAGUGGGAUGCGGGUCAAUCGCAUGACCCACAAUCUAGUCACCAUCAUUGGCGGAGCUAGGUGAGGGGAUGUGGGGACCAUGGAUCCCACUUGAAAAAUGAAUACACAUGGGAAAUGAUGAAUUUUUAAGGUGGGGUUAGUAACUUUUGAACCUUGGACCCCUCUACACAAGAUAAUAUGUUUAUUGUUGAGGCACUCACUAAAUUUAAUUAUGUUUGGACCCCACAAAAAUAUUUUUCUGACUACGUCAAUGCUCACCAUCCACCCCGAAUAAGAGUGAGUAUAAAUUUUUUGAUCCACGAUCCACCCUCUACGAUUUGGAUUAUGGUUGGAUCAAUGUCAAACCACGGAUAUCCACCCACAUGACCACCCCUACUUGUAGAGUUGGGGACUUAAGAAGGAGACCUCGUAGAAUUGGUGACUUAAGACGUAGACAAACACUAUAUGGACCUCUAGGGCCAUAGGGUGAAUCUAUUGAACCUAAAUCCUAGUUGUUAGUAAAGGCCCAUAAACAAGUUGAAAAGUGAAGCCCACUUAGCCUUGUAGCGUUUGAGUAAAGCUAAUUGUAAGAAUGCUAGCCUCGAGGCGGUUAGUCUGACCAAAAUUGAUAUUAAAUUUUUCUAGUGACUAAACAUGACACGAUUUAGCAAUCUUAGUGACCAAAUGUGGCAUUUACCCGAUAGUAGAUUGAACUUUAGACCUUCUAUUAACAACACAUCAGAUAGCUUAGUGUUAUUUGAGGAUCAGAUAUUGCCAAUACCUGUGAUUGAUCCCUUGAUGUUUUUUAUCCAAAUGUGACUUGUCCCCCUCGUUGGUGAUAGUGCGUUUGAAUUUGAUCCCAUCUUCUGUCAUGUGAUUAAAGCAAGCAGGUGGCAGUCGGUUUGUCUUUGGGAAUCCAUUGUUGUUUGGGUUUUCCUAUUUUUAUUUUUGUUCCAAUAUCAAAUGUACUUCAUUAUUGUGGUUUUCUCGACUACGACAGAACUCACAGUUCAAACGUGUGUAACACUCAUUCUUAUAAUGCUCAUAUUUAUGACACCCAAAACACUUGACUUCUCGUUUAGUUCUUAUGUGGUUUCAUACUUUGCUGUAUUUUCCACACUUCUUGUUCGAGCUAGAAUUUCUAACAUGGUUGUAUUAUGUCUAUGACUAUUUGCUUCUAGUUCAAUGAUACGUUUGAUUGGAGUUUGCAUACAAUUUUCUAGUUCUUUCACACUUUCCUUUAGGUCAUUUAAUUUCAACUCACAUUGCAUAACUUUGUAAUUGAAAUCAUGAAUGUGAUUUCCCCUCUUUUUGAGACUUUAUCGAGUGGCAUAGUGAAUCAUCUGAGUUAUCAUCUAAGCAUGCAUGAAAUGGUUCAUAAAGUACUUGUAUGUUUGGUGUUUACUUAGCCAUCAGUCCUAGAUGAUCUUGAUCAAUGAGAGCAUAUACCUUCUGUGCUCAUUUUUUAGUAUGAUUCAUCUGAUUCUUCAUCACUACACCUCUAGGUAAUAGCCAUCGCCCUUUCCUUAUCAAACCUUCUAUUAGGACAAUUAGAUCUUAAGUGUCCUAGUUUUCCACACCUGAAACAAGUAACAAUACCCUUCUCGACAUUUACUGAAUUUUUGUUCAUCAUUUCUAGUUCAAGAUUUAUUGUCCAUUUAAUGUCACUUAGGGAUUUAUUUGGAUAGGAUUUUUUAUUUCUCUUAAAUCUUAUAUAACCUAGUUGCUCAGAAAUCAUAGCAAUUUGCUCUUCUAUUUCUUCUUCAUCUUCUAUCAAAUGAGAUUUGAGAGCUAGAUCUUUAUUCUUGCGAGGUUUAUCAUUAUCCUCGAUUCUUAACAUACUUUUAUGAGCAUUUAGUGGGUAUAUUAACUCGGUCAAGUCAAAAUUAACAAGAUCUUUUGAUUAUUUUACAGUCGUUACCUUUGCUCUCCAAGACCUUGGUAAAGAGUUUAAAAUCUUACUGACCAAGUCUAGAUUGGUGUAAACUUUUCCAAGAUUUAUUAUCCACUUACUAUAUUUUUGAAUCUUUCAUAUAUUUGAGUAAUAUUUUCAUUUUCACUCAUUUUAAACAGUUCAGAUUCCCUAACUAGUAUUCUAAUCGUGAUAUCUUUAAUUUCAUACUUACCUUUAUACGUAGUAUCUAGGGUUUUCAAGAUUUCCUUUGCGAUUUCGUACAUGGCUAAUUUGCCAUAUUCUUCUCUUCCAAUAGCACACUUAGAAUAUGCUUAGUUUUAGUACUGAUUUGUAAACUUAUCAUAUAUUUUUCAGACCAACUCCCAAUGAUGUUCUCAACUUGCUAUGGUCCACUUUUGAUAUUAAUCCAAACCUUCAUUUCAAAGGCUUGUAAGAAGUCUUCCAUGCAACCUUUCCAGAAGGUAUAACUGUUGCCUUUGACCUUUGGUGGUCUUGUUCCAGACUGUCCGUCACGCUCCGUGAUUGGAGGCAUGUGAUUCAUCAAUUUGGCCCAUGAGCUUGUAGAUUCCAAAUCUUGUUCCUUGUUAGAGAUCUGCUUUGUAACUAAUUGAAGAAUACAUGUAGCAGACAAAUAAUCUUAUACAAUAAGUUCAAUAAACAAGAAUAAUAAUG